AUGGUGGACGGUCCAAAGCAAUCCGAGGGCGAACAGGCUAGUAUGGCUACGUACAGGAUUUCUACAGGGAGAGGUGGUGCCGGGAACAUUCAGAAUUCGAGCUCUAAGGCGUCUCCCAAGCUGAUUCCGCAGGGCUCUCAGACACCGAAUAUUCUUCAGCCGGUGUUCAGCACAGGUCGCGGCGGUGCCGGCAAUAUGAGGCGGAAUGUGGACGCCAAGCUGACCAGGAGGGCUCAGGACGUGGACGGAGAGUUGGAGGAGGAUGUGAUCGAGCCAAGCAGAGAGGAAGACUACAUAGGGCCGUUCUCCGGGAGCGAGGUCGAGAGGGCCCUCUCUGGAGGAGUGAUAAGCCGCGGGACAGGCAGCCAUGAGACAGGCAAGUCGCAUGUGCGGAACGGCCGGUCCAGAAGGAACAGUCUGGACGACAGACCGAUGGCUAUAGCGGUCGGCAGAGGCGGAGCCGGCAACAUAAUAUCGCCCAAGCCUAGCGGAUCGGGUGCCAGGAAGAACAAAACCGGUAAGCAGCAGAAGCAGGGCGUCUGGUCGUCUUUGAAGAAGCUGUUCUCAUGA